AUGACCUCGCCUAUCUCGCCGGUCAUCCAGUUGAGUCAGCGCAAAGCCUGUCUUACAUGUGCAAAGGCCAAACGGACGUGCGAUAAGCGGACACCGAUUUGUCAAAGAUGCGCGGAAAAGAACCUUGCUUGCCAGUAUCCGUCGACCCGGCGGUAUUAUCGGGUCAACCCGGCGUCUGCCAGCCAAGAUACGUUGCGUUCAGAAUGGGUGGCGCUGUCUACCGAUAUCACGAACAAAACCGGCCGGCAGAUGGAUAGCAAUAUGAUGGAAAAUCACCAAGUUACCCCUCUCGCAGGCCGUUCUCCCACGGUGAUCCCAGUUUCCUGUGGGAACUGGUUUCUGAAUGUGGAAACCUGGACGAUUGAAAAUGUCGGUGCAACCAACUGCUGCAUCAACCCUAGCCCUACGCAUAUGUCUAUAUGCGUCAAAAGCUGGACCACUAUUGUUGGGGGCUGGCUAUGCCAGUGGGUCAAAGAAGGUUGCAAUCCAUUCAUCCACCAACAGUUGUACUCCGAUACAGGCCUACCUCAAUGCCUUCAAGACGCAUGGACGACUCUCACUGCGUAUAUGUCGAAGACGGCCCAGAACGAGCAUAUAACAAUGCAAAUCGUCCAAGACCGCGCCAACGGUCUUCUGCAGACACAGACGCCGGACGACGGAUCGUUCAUGUCAGUCACCAGCAUCCCCACACUUGAGCACCUAGUGAGAGUACAGGCACUGUUCAUAUAUCAACAUAUUCGUCUUUUCGAUGGGUCCAUCCGUCAGCGGUCUCUCGCCGAAAAGGAAAUCCAAACUCUGUCGACAUGGUGUCAACAGCUUUGGCAGUCGGCAACUCUGGAUGCCAGUUGCGAGGUGGGACUUCUGAAUCAUACUGGGUUCAAUGGCGCGCACGACGAAGAGUGUGCCACAAAUCCGGGACUCUGGAGAGCUUGGAUUCUUAGUGAAAGCAUACGACGCACGUGGCUGGUUUGUCAGAGCACGAUGGCCGCUUACUUAAGGGAGAGGGAUGGCUGGAACUUUUCCCCCGGAGAGAUUAGAUUCACGGCAUGUCAGGGGUUGUAG